UCAAGAAUUUAACCUUCCUUUAUGGAUAACUUCUACAAUGAGAUUUAUGACAAUUUCAAAUCUUUUAGGAUCAGUUCCUAUAGCUGAAUAUGUUGAUAAUAUAACUUAUUACAGUUUUAAUGGAAUUCAACUGGAUAGAUUCUUAGGAUCAAACGUAGUGAUCUCUUUUAUGGAAGAUAAACAAACUGUGCAAAAUCCCAAUAAAGAAGAUAACUCAGAAGAAAAGAAGGAUGAAAAGUAUAAUCAAGAUUUCAACCAUGAUGAUUUGAAUUAUGAUUUGAAAACACUAAGGGCUACCGGGUAUCCAGGGUCUCUAAGCAUGCAGAUAAUCAUAAGAAAAUCAAAAUUUCCACAGAGAAUCGAAAACAUAUUUAUGUUUCAGUGGAGCUGCCACAUAGAGCUAACAAAUGACCAGAGAUGUUUCGAUUCAAUGAAUAUGUGGAAAGAAUUAGGUGCGUUACUUUACACAAUUAGUUUGCAACAAAUGCACUCUAAUGUGAAAAUUUGUUAUUUCAGCUAUAAAGAAAAUCAAGAAAAUUCGAUGAAUCAGGAAGAUUUGAUGGAUGAAACAGAGUAG